UCUAAGAAGCGGCUGAGCUCCAACGUAGGCCUGGAGAAUCCCGGACAGCAGCAGACAACACCCAGCCUCCCUGUUCCCACCUCUCCGGCCCCCAGAAGCAGAGCAGCCACCAUGCAUAUCCCUGAAAGCCUCCAAGACCUGGCUGACAGUGAAGCGGUGCAGUUUCUGAAGAGGCCAAAGACGAUUGCUCGGAUCUUUGCUGGGGUCUUCUCUCUCAUCGUUUUCUCCUCCCUGCUGACCGAUGGCUACCAGAACAAGACUGACUCCUCAAAACUGCACUGUGUGCUCAACAGCCAUGCCCCGGCCUGCAGCUUUGCAGUGGGAGCUGGCCUCCUGGCCUUCCUCACCUGCCUGCUCUUCCUGCUUCUGGAUGCCCAGGAGGCUCGCAUUGCCAACACCCGCUUCAAGACAGCCUUCCAGCUCCUGGACUUCAUCCUGGCUGUCCUCUGGACAGGCAUCUGGUUCGUGGGUUUCUGCUUCCUGGCCAACCAGUGGCAGCAUUCGCCCCCCAAACACUUCCUCCUGGGGAGCACCAGCGCCAGGGCGGCAAUCACCUUCGCCUUCUUCUCCAUCCUUGCCUGGAUAUUCCAGGCUUACCUGGCCUUCCAGGACCUCCGGAAUGAUACUCCUGUCCCCUACAAGCGCUCUCUGGAUGAGGGUGGUGUAGUGCUGACCACCAUCUCCCCACCUUCAGCCACCAGCCCCAUCAACACACCCACUGCUGGAGCCAACAGCUUGAGUUAUGCCAGCUCCGCUCUGUCCCCCUAUCUGACCACUCCAAAGGUUCCCCGCCUUGCUAUGAUGUCUGAUGACUAA